GCUCGUUUGCCACUUGGAUUUCGCAUUCACACUGGCGGUGACCCGCAGGAUGACAGUGAUGUGCUCCUUCUCGGCUUGGCAGCCGCGGUCGCCCAUGCUGGACAUGGUAAACUUGCCAUGGAGGAAGCUAGGCUCUCCUCCGAAGACUCUGUCACGGCCGGCGUCUGCUCCUUUGGCAAGACGAAGGCCGCCGUCCGCGGGCCGGCGCCCGCCGUCCGCGGCCCGGCGGGCUCCGCCGCCGCCGGUGCUACCCUCGGCUUACAACGCCCCGCCGCGGCCAAGCUCCGCGCCGCAGCUGCGCAGCGCCGUUCCGCCGCCGCGGGUCCGCGAGCCGCAGAGGGAGGGCGAAUGGAAGCGGACGCCAGCACGGCCGGCUAGCGCGAGCCUUCGGUCACGCAAGGCGCCUGCGGCAUCGAUGGGCCUCGAUCCAUGCGACGAUCUUUCGCAGCUGGUGGCGGAGAUGAAGUGCGACGCCUGCCGGGAGCUGUCACAGCCUGGCCUGAUUGUGCACACCAUGUGCGGUGAGCAGUGGGUCAAAGCAAACUUCGAUGAUCCGAAGGAACGGAGAAGAAGAACUCGCUCAGGUUCCAAAACCGCCACUUCAAAAAAGAAAGCGCGCCCGGCCCCCGGCGUCGUCAGCCCCAGCCCCUUUCUCGAGCUGGACGCGAAGAACACGAACGACGCAGAGACGGCCUGGAGCCAGACGGUCCUGGCCACGCUGAAGGGCGAGGAGCGGGGGGAGAUGGAGCGCUGGGCCUCCCGCGUCAAGGAAGUGGACGCGCAGCUGACGGCCUUAGAAGAAACUCAGAUAUCUCUGGGCGAGCCGGAGACCGAUGAGCUAGCAGAGCUCCCGCAGACGAGCAAGCGCAAGGAGAGCAUCAGCAUGAUGCGGCGCUUCAGCCGCACGAUAAGUCCAGAUGAGAUGGACGAGCACCUGCGAACACCGACCCCGGCAGGUCGCCGCACCGUCAUCACCCGGGAGCACGCUCUUGAGGCAAUUCGUCGCGACUCCCGUGACAAGAGGAUUGCCAACAGGCAGGCUCUAAUGGAAGAGCUGGACGGGCUUUUGGACAGCUUGAAGAAGGACCCCUCGGAGGAAGGCUUCUCGAAUUCUGAAGUCAACCGCCUCUACUCGGGCUUCAAGCGUUUCAUGAUCCCAGGCACGAUCGAUGUGCACAAGGACGACAUUUGUGAGCUGCUGACCUUUCUGGGCUGCGUGUUCCUAGACCAGGCAGAGAUCAGGUCUAUGAUGGACAAGACCACCCAGUACGAACACAUGGGUUUUGACGACUUCCAGCACUUCAUGGGGAGAUAUGCGCAGUACUGCCAGAGCCAGUAUCGCGUGAUUUUCGAUCGAUUUGACGAAGACGAGUCUGGUACCAUCUCCAUGGAGGAGCUCAGGCAAAUGACGCACUAUUUGGGCUUCAUGCCCACUCGCGUCAUGUUGGAGGAAGCAGUGGAAGUGGUCUGCCGCAGCAGAAAGAGGAGUUUGUCCUUUGACGAGCUCGUGCUUUUCUUGAUGGUCUACCGCCGUCGUGAAGGCUUCUGCAGAGAGGAGGUGGAGGAGCUGCGGAAGAUCCAUGCCAUGCACAGCAGAGAGCAGGCGAUGCCGGUGUCAAAGGUCAGUGUUGCGAUGAUGCAGGCGUUUGGUCGCCAGGUGACCAGCUUUGCCGACAAGUUUCAGGAUCAGCUUCAGAAAGGCCUUAUCCUGCGAUCCACGCAGAUAUCUCCAGAUCCCGACUUUGAACCGGAGAAGCUCCCAUUCUCAGAGUUCCUGAUUCUGUGCCGGAGCUGCCGGGAAGAGCUGCAUUGCCAGCUGGACUCCUUGUGGCCCCCGAGCCACGUCCGAUGGUCCGCGCCGGUGAGCCGUGAGGAUCGGGGCCUUGCGACGCGGUGCAAUCCACAUGGCGAAGGCCAUAUCAGUGACGAAGAGCUGCGCGAAGUUCUUCGGAGUCUGGGCUACAUACCGCUGACCAAAGCCAUGCUGGACAUCUACAACCAGGUGAUCGGCGUGCCGAUCCCGCAGGACCUCGAUUAUGAUGAAUUCUUCGACUUUGUUUGGAGGUUCAGGAAGCAAUGUGGCUUUUCCUCGGAUGAGUUGGUUGACAUCCGGGACUUCUAUGUGCAGCAUGAUGAAGAUGGCUCUGGAGAGAUUUGCACGCUCGAGCUUGGGACCAUCUUCCGUUCCCUCGGCUACAAAGCCACAACGGAGGAUCUCAGCGGACUUCUCUUGGACGUGGAUCAAGAUCAGAGCGGGUUUCUCAACUUCGAGGAGUUUGUGAUCCUCAUGGGUGACUUCCGCACGUUGGAGCUGAGGAAGAUCCACGACGCCUUCUCCCAGUUCGCGGUGGAUGGCUACCUCCAAGAGUCGCAGAUCGAAAUGGCGUGCAAGAGACUGGGCAGACACCUCAUAGACAUGAACCACCAGCCAGAGGAGGACGACGAGUUUGAUUUCGAGGACUUCGUAGACUGGGUGGACGAAUGCAGGCAUGACUGCAUGAUGCGGGACCGCAAGCUGGCGGGUUUCGGGUACUGGAAGGUGGAGUGCCUGCGUGAGGCGUUCGGGGAGUUCGACAAAAAUGGCAAUGGCUGCUUAGAACCUGAUGAGUUGAUCAGACUCCUGCGAUAUCUUGAUGUCAGCGAAGCACCCAAGACGAAGGCAGAACAGAGGGCGAUGAUCAAGCUGGUGGAGGUUGCCAGGAAGCAUGCCUACGACGCCGGUGUUCGCGAGGCAUACUUCGAGCAGCACAACAACAUCACGUUUUGGACCUUCGUGCAGCUUCUGCGGCUUCUGCAGACGCAGAAAGAGAAGCGCGAGGGAGCCAGGCUGAACAAGCUAAUGGAGCAACUGCGCUUCUCCAAGUUUGAGGUGGAGCAGUUCCGCCAGAUCUUCGUCCACUGGGCCAAGUGCAAUGAGAGCGCAGAGCGAGAUGACAAGGAGAUCGACACCGAGACCCACCUCCUCACGGAGGAACAAGUGUGCCGGAUCUUCAGAUCAGCAGGUGUCUCUUUGGUUGGCCGAAUGAGGGAACUGCUUGUGGGCUUGGAACCCUUGCAGUCUGAGCACCGCAGACUCUCCUUCCACAAUUUCUUGAGAUUAAUGCGCUGGGUCAUCGACAAUGACUUUGCAGGUCUUGGAGGCCAAGUCAGUGCGAUGAAGUGAAUGAGAAAGAUGUAGGCUGUCUCACAGAUUUAGUUUGUCUCCCAGUCCCCUGGCAUUUCCGAUUUGGCAACUUGCCAACAUAUGGC